GAGUUAACUCUGUGGAGGUGGAGUAGGGGCUUGGGGAGGACGCAGUGUCCUGGGCUGGGACACAAGAGACCCUGUGGCUUCAGUGCUAACCCCUUCUAGUCUGGCCCAGAGAAGGACGGUGAGGCCAGCUCGGCCCGGCAGAAUCGCAUUGCCCAGGCGCUGGUUUCUCAGGCACUGCUGCGUCUCUCAGGGCCUGGGUGGGUUUGAUGUCCUGGACCCCUCACUCGCCCUGCCCUCCCCCCACUUACAUGCACCCUCCCUGUGCCCCUAAGAGGAAAGCCACCCAGAAAGGGAUCGUUAUGUGGCUAAAGGGAUUCAAAGUUGUCUUAGACAAAAGGACACCAGACUGAAUUUCUCCCCACCUGCACCCCUUCCAGGCCCCCUCCCCCGCUGAGGUCCCCACCCUAUCCUCCUUCAGCCUGGCUCCCGAGUUGCCAUUUCGGGGGCUGGGCACCAGGCCAGUUGGGAACAAUGGCCAAUGGAACUGGAGCUGCCAACUGCAACACCAGCUCAGACUGCCCCCCCAAGACCCCCAAAGUGCCUGCCCCCUCCUGCCUGGGAACUGCCCACCACCACCACCCUCACCACUCACAACCCAAUCCCAUCCAAGGAACAUCAAUGCCCCUUUCAUCCCCACUUGGCAGGGUCUAUUGGAAAGGAGAGCCCAAGAGGGAGGAGGUGACCCAGAGUAGAACCGGUCAGGAUCAAGCCCAGCUUUCAGCAGCCCCACAUCUAAAGGAUCUCCCUAGAUCCCCCAAUUUGGAGCACCCAAGUUUUCCUCCAUUCCCUUCCCCCACUCUCUUCAUAACUAUUUACCCAGAAACUGGCACAGCAGGUGGGCACCCUGGCUCCUCACCUAGUCCCCUCUCGCCUCUGAUGUCAUUUUAACACUCUCCCGGACAAGGAAAAGCCUGCUGGAAUUGGGACUGUAGAUAAAGAUGCAUAAGACAGAAGAGAGAUUUCCCCAGCCUGACUGCAACUGGGGGAGAAAGAGAGCCUAGGUUGACCAUGGCAUCAGAAGCAGAAAGAACAUUCCAGCGGUUUGCUGUCUUUGGAGAAUCGUCAAGCAGUGGCACUGAAAUGAACAACAAGAACUUCUCCAAGCUGUGCAAAGACUGUGGCAUCAUAGAUAACAAGACGGUCACCUCCACUGACGUGGACAUCGUGUUCAGCAAAGUCAAGGCCAAGAAUGCCCGAACCAUCACUUUCCAACAGUUCCAGGAAGCAAUGAAAGAACUGGGCCAGAAGCAGUUCAAGGGGAAAAGCCCAGAUGAAGCCCUGGAGAACAUUUAUAGACUCAUGGAGGGCAAGGACCCAGCUACCACCGGUGUUACUAAAGCAACGACGGUGGGAGGGGUGAGCCGGCUGACGGACACCAGCAAGUACACGGGCACCCACAAGGAGCGCUUUGACCAGAGUGGCAAGGGCAAAGGCAUCGCGGGACGGGAGGACAUGACUGACAACUCAGGCUACGUGAGUGGCUACAAGGGUGCUGGCACCUAUGAUAAGAAGGGCAGCAACUAGGGAGUAGCCUCACCUUAGCCUGCCGGCCCUCGACCCUGCAUCUUUAACACCGGGGAGCUUGGGGGCCAAUAAAUAUCUGUGUGUGCAGCAGCUCAUGGGCUCUGUCUUCCACCAGGGUGAGGGAAGAGGGGCCCCUUGGUGCAGAGACAGAGAGAGGAGCCGAGAAACCCAAGGAUGGGGGUUCUCAGCACCACACCCUUUACUCUACUUGGCCUCC